AUGCCACUUCACGCAGUCUUCUGUCUUUCACAGUUUUUAUGUAAAGCCAAAAGGCUCAAGGUCAUUACUGAUAUUACAUCGGUGAACGAAGGUAUCAACCUGUCGGUUGACAUCAAAAAGAAGAAGAAUAAGAAAUCGAGUCGAGCUGCUUUUCAAAAGAUCAAUAAAAAUUGCAGCAGACAUCAUAAUCCAAUACAAGAUCGUUUCUUGAAAUUGGUCUUCUCAUCUGUUUGUUGA